AUAAAGGUACAAAAGGUUAAACGGUCGGGAGAAGGUGGGGUGUAGGUGACUGAGUGUUUUGACGCUCAGAGUUCAAUAAGAAAGUAUCGGCAGGUGGCUGCAGAAGUUCGGGUGCUUCUCUUUUGAUAGUCGCAGCUUUUUUAAUCUCCGAUAAUCAUGUCAGGACGACUACGUGCUUGCAGUGCAGACGUUGUGGAUAAAAAUGUGUGGGUUGAAUUCUCACAGCUGGCGGCAGACUACAAAGCAGUGAACCUUGGACAGGGGUUUCCUGACUUCUCUCCUCCAAAGUUUAUCCAGGACGCUUUCUGUAAAGCUGUGAGUGGAGGACCAUUAAUGUACCAGUAUACCAGACCAUUUGGCCACCCUCCUCUCGUAAGAAGUCUGGCCAAAUUCUUCAGUAGGAUUGUGGGACAUGAGAUUGACCCUCUUGAAGACAUCCUGGUCACAGUUGGAGCUUAUCAGGCUCUCUUCUGUGCAUUUCAAGCUCUGGUUAAUGAAGGCGAUGAGGUGAUAAUUGUUGAACCGUUCUUUGACUGCUACCAGCCGAUGGUGAAGAUGGCUGGAGGAAAGGCAGUGUAUGUACCUCUGAGGCCGAAAGCUGCGAGCGGAGCCGUCCUGUCAAGUGGAGACUGGGUUCUUUCUGCUGAGGAGCUGGCCAGUAAAUUCACUCCACGCACAAAAGCCGUCGUUAUCAACACUCCCAACAACCCAAUAGGCAAGGUUUACAGGACUGAGGAGCUCCAAAUGAUCGCUGAUCUGUGCAUCAAACAUGACACACUGUGCAUCAGCGAUGAGGUGUACGAGUGGCUGACUUAUGAUGGAGCUGAGCACGUAAAGAUAGCCAGCCUCCCUGGGAUGUGGGAACGAACUGUCACUGUUGGCAGUGCUGGAAAGACCUUUAGUGCGACAGGCUUGAAGGUUGGCUGGGCCAUCAGCUCUGGGCAAGUCAUAAAACGUCUUAAAGCCAUGCAUCAAAUGUCUGUGUUUGAUUGUGCAACUGCUGCUCAGGAGGCAGUGGCUCAGGGAUUUGAGAGAGAAUACGAGGUGUUUGGGACUCCAGAGAGCUACUUCCAGCAGCUGCCUGCGAUGUUGCACCUCAAGAGGAACAAGCUGGCGUCGUGUCUGGAGAGUGUGGGUUUGCAGCCCAUCAUGCCACAGGGAGGCUAUUUUAUCACUGCAGAUAUCUCAUCUGUCAAGGUGGACUACAAUGACCAGAACUCUGUGGACGAGCCAAAUGACUUCAGAUUUGUUAAAUGGCUGACUAAAGAGAAGGGUUUGGCAGCAAUCCCCGUCUCUGCCUUCUACAGUCCAGAGCACAGCAAGGAGUUUGACAAAUACAUCCGCUUCUGUUUUGUCAAAGAGGACUCCACUCUGGAUGCAGCUGAGGACAUUUUGAGGAAAUUCAAUCAGUGAUAUAGCCUACAAUAUGGAUUUAAUCCUCUGGUUAAAACCCUCUUGGCUAACAUGCCUUGUAAAUAUUUCUGUGCAAUAUCUUUUUUUCAGUUGAUCAAUAGAGUAUCCAUGUAUCUAAAAGUUUAAUAAAGCCUUUCACAAAUCCA